AUGAGCCAGGACGCCGAGCCCAGCGGCCCCGAGCAACCGGACAGAGAUGCCCGCAGCGUGCCCGGUGCCCCGGCGCCCCCGGCGCCCCCGGCGCCCCCAGGCCCGAGAGGGAUGCAGCCGCCGCCACCGCCUCCGCCCCAAGCCGGCCUACCCCAGAUCAUCCAAAAUGCCGCCAAGCUCCUGGACAAGACCCCGUUCUCGGUCAGUAACCCAAACCCGCUGCUUCCUUCGCCCGCGAGCCUACAGCUGGCUCAGCUGCAAGCUCAGCUCACCCUCCACCGGCUAAAGCUGGCACAGACCGCCGUCACCAACAACACCGCGGCCGCCACGGUGCUGAACCAAGUCCUCUCCAAAGUGGCCAUGUCCCAGCCUCUCUUCAACCAGUUGAGGCAUCCGUCCAUGAUCAGCUCCCCCCAUGGCCACACCGGGGUGCCCCAACACGCAGCAACCUUGCCCAGUGCCCGGUUUCCCUCUAAUGCAAUUGCCUUCUCGCCCCCGGGCCAGACACGAGGCCCAGGGCCCUCUGUGAGCCUUCCCAGCCAGCCCCCCAAUGCCAUUGUGAUGCACCCUUUCAGCGGGGUCAUGCCUCAGACCCCUGCCCAGCCAGCAGUCAUCUUGGGCAUUGGCAAGACUGCGCCCACCCCUGCUGCAGCGGGAUUCUAUGAGUAUGGCAAAGCCAACUCAGGCCAGACAUAUGGCUCUGAAACUGAUGGUCAGCCCAGUUUCCUGCCAACCUCGUCCUCUACCUCGGGCAGCGUGACCUAUGAAGGGCACUACAGCCACUCGGGGCAAGAUGGCCAAGCCGCCUUUCCCAAGGACUUCUACAGACCCAACGCCCAAGGAUCGCAGGUGGCAGGUGGAUUUGCGGCUGAGCCGGCCGGGGGCUUGAAAGGCGAGGUAGGUCCGCUGCUGCAGGGUCCAAACAGCCAGUGGGAGAGUCCCCGUGGAUUCUCUGGCCAAAGCAAGCCCGAUCUUACAGCAGUCCCCAACGUGUGGCCUCCAGCCCCCAGCCAGCCCUAUGAGCUGUAUGACCCCGAGGAACCCACCCCAGACAGGACCCCUCCUUCCUUCGGGGGUCGGCUCAACAACAGCAAACAGGGUUUCAGCGGAGCCUGGCGGCGGGCCACGGAGGAGAAGGCGACGCUGUCCGUGCGGCCCUUGCAGGCGCACGAGCUGAAUGACUUUCACGGUGUGGCCCCCCUCCACCUGCCCCACGUCUGUAGCAUCUGCGACAAGAAGGUGUUUGAUUUGAAGGACUGGGAGCUGCAUGUAAAAGGGAAACUACAUGCUCAGAAAUGCCUGCUCUUCUCUGAAAACGCCGCUGUCCAGUGUGUACUCGGUUCGGCAGAGGGAACACUGUGUGCCUCUCCCAACAGCACAGCCGUUUAUAACCCUGCUGGGAACGAAGAUUACUCCUCAAAUCUUGGAACAUCAUAUGCGGCCAUUCCUGUGAGGUCAUUUGCUCUGUCAAAUCCCGCAUUCCCUUCAGCUUCCCCAGGGACAAAUCGGAAAACGGGUGCUGGCCGCGUGGUACACAUCUGCAAUCUGCCGGAGGGAAGCUGCACCGAGAAUGACGUCAUUAACCUGGGGCUGCCCUUUGGAAAGGUCACUAAUUACAUCCUCAUGAAGUCUACUAAUCAGGCCUUUUUAGAGAUGGCUUACACAGAGGCUGCCCAGGCCAUGGUCCAGUAUUACCAAGAAAAAUCUGCGAUGAUCAAUGGUGAGAAGUUGCUCAUUCGGAUGUCCAAGAGAUACAAGGAAUUGCAGCUGAAGAAACCUGGGAAAACCGUGGCUGCCAUCAUCCAGGACAUCCAUUCCCAGAGGGAGAGGGACAUGUUCCGGGAAGCAGACAGAUACGGCCCAGAAAGGCCGAGAUCUCGAAGUCCGGUGAGCCGGUCAUUGUCCCCGAGGUCCCACACUCCGAGCUUCACCUCCUGCAGCUCUUCUCACAGCCCCCUGGGCCCCUCUCGGGCCGACUGGGGCAACGGCCGGGACUCGUGGGAGCACUCUCCCUACGCCAGGAGGGAGGAAGAGCGAGGCCCGGUCCCCUGGAGGGAGAACGGGGAGGACAAGAGGGAGAGGACGGACACGUGGGCGCAUGACCGCAAACAGUACCCCCGGCAGCUGGACAAGGCCGAGUUAGAUGAGCGACUGGAAGGAGGGAGGGGCUACCGAGAAAGGCACCCGAGGUCUGGGUCCCCCAACCCGCUCCACUCCGCGUCGGGAUACAAAAGCCGAGAAGACGGCUACUACCGCAAAGAGUCCAAGGGCAAAUUGGACAGGUACCUGAAGCAGCAGCAGGAUGUCCCUGGGAGGUCCAGGAGGAAAAAUGAGGCCAGGCUGCGGGAAGGCAGACACCCCCCCGCUGACGACUCGGGCAGGGAAGACGGGCUGGAACCGAAGGGCACCAAGUCGAAGCAGAGUGAGAAAACCAGAACCAAGAGACUUGAUAGAGACCAAGAAGGAGCUGAUAGGAAAGAAAGCAGAAUGGCAGAGAAUGAGGCUGAAAAAGAGGAACAGGACAGCAUGGAAGAGAGCCCCCUGCAUCUGGGCAGGCAGGAGAAAGAAACAGAGUCCUUUGAUGCAGAGAACACAAAGGCAAGGAAGGAGCAAGAUUCGGAAAGUGGAAGUGAGGCAGAGGGGGAGAGCUGGUACCCCACGAACAUGGAGGAGCUGGUUACAGUGGACGAGGUGGGGGAGGAAGAAGAUUUUAUCAUGGAACCGGACAUCCCAGAACUGGAGGAAAUUGUGCCCAUCGAACAGAAGGACAAAAUCUGUCCAGAAAUAGGUCCCUGUGUGACGACCACCUUAGACCUGGACUUAGCCAAAGAGUUCACCAAGGAGGGAGUCAAGACCAUAGGUAAUGAGGCUGCGGAAAUCAGCCUCAAGUUGCCCAAAGAACUGCCUUCUGCUUCCAUGAGCUGUCCCAGUGACAUGGACGUGGAAAUGCCUGGCCUAAAUCUGGAUGUUGAGCGGAAGCCAGCUGAAUGCGAGACGGGCCUCUCACUGGAGGGCUCAGAUUGCUGCGAGAAGCAGGCAAAGGGAGCAGAGAGCUCAGAUGUUCGUCUGGCCCCUACACUCCAGCAAAUGUCUUCCCCCAAGCCAGCAGAGGAGAGGGCCUGGCAGCCUGGCCCCUUUCUUGAUGACUGUAAGGCCAGGGGGACCCUGGAAGAUGGGGCUGGUGAAGGCAGCCCCUUGGAGGAGAAAGCCAGCCCCCUCACCGAAACAGACCUCCAAAGCCAGGCUUGCCAAGGAGUGUCGACCCAGGAUAACUCCAGGUACAUGGAAAUGAAAUCUCUGGACGUGAGGUCACUGGAAUAUGCUGAAGUGGAGCUGAAACAGCCCCUUUCUUUGCCUUCCUGGGAACCUGAGGAUGUGUUCAGAGAACUUAGCAUUCCUCUAGGGGUGGAGUUCGUGGUGCCCAGGACCGGCUUUUAUUGCAAACUGUGUGGGCUGUUCUACACGAGCGAGGAGAUGGCAAAGAUGAGCCACUGUCGCAGUGCUGUCCACUACCGGAACUUACAGAAGUACUUGUCCCAGCUGGCCAAGGAGGGCCUGAUGGAGACCGAGGGGGCAGGCAGCCCUCGGCCUGAGGACAGCGGAAUCGUGCCGCACUUUGAAAGGAAAAAGCUCUGA